AUGUCCACCACCGUCAGCUCCGCUUCGGCCCCCAGCGCCAGCACCGCCUGCGCUGCUCAGCUCUUCAACCAGCCCAACCAAGACAACACCUGCGCCCUGCCCUACAAGGAUGAAUACCUCACCAUGAUGGAGAAGUGCUGUGGCGACGCAAAGAUUGUUAGCUACUACGACAACUGCGGCAUCUACUGUGUCGCCCUCGACCAGACCAUCGGCGAACUCUCCAAGUGCCUCUUCAGUGAGGGCGCUGCCGACGCCGACGUUUUCUGCAGCGGUAGCAAGAAGACCACAAAGACCAAGGACGCCGAUGUCCCCGCUACCGCCCAGGCGAGCGUUGUUUCUAGCAAGGACGAUGAUGACAAGGAUGGUGAUGAUGAGGAUAGCUCUUCUGCUGCUUCUUCUGGCACAGCUACCGGCACUGCUUCUUCCAGCAGUGAGACCUCUUCCGAGACUGGUAACGCUGCUCCUUCUUUGGCGCCCAAGAGCGGUAUCAGCACUGUUGGUCUUGCCAUCGGUGCUCUGCUCUUCUCCUCCUUCGCUGCUGGUGCUUUCCAGCUGUAA